GAAAUGGCGUGUCUUCAAAGAGAUCACCGAACUAUUCAUUCUCGUGCCGGCAUUGCUUGGCCUCAAGGGCAAUCUCGAUAUGUGCCUCGCAUCACGUCUAUCGACACAGGUCAAUUUGGGCAAUAUGACCACGCGUAAGGAAGUCAUCAAAAUGAUUGUCGGCAAUAUUGCAUUGGUGCAAGUACAAGCGACGGUCGCCUCAUUUUUGGUCGCUAUGUUUGCUACUGGUGUGGGUGCGGCGAUGGAUGGCAAUUUCUAUUUCGAACAUGUUAUGCUGCUGACGGCAUCCGCCAUGUUUACGGCGACCUCAUCGUGCUUUGUUUUAGAUUUUGUAUUAGUGGCUGUGAUAUUAUUAUCUGAGAGAUUUAAUUUGAAUCCCGAUAACUUGGCAACACCGUUAGCGGCAUCUAUCGGUGAUGUCGUCUCCAUAAGUUGUUUUUCCUUCAUUGCUUCCCUGCUGUUCGAUCAUAUAAGUGAGUAUAACUUUGUUCACUUUAAAACAGCAUUUUCCGUUUGAAUCGGCAU